GCUUCUUUCAAUAGCAGCAACAGUUCGUCAGCCACCUCGGUAGCUUGCUAGACAAAAUAGCUGAACCAAUAAAGCUCUUUAGACGCUUUAGUGUAUAUUAGCCACUGUAUUUUAAAACCACUUCUGUCGCCUAGUUAGUUAUCCGUUUUAAUUUCAUAUUUACGGUAUUGUUUUUAUUCAUCUAGCGGGCUGGUUAAGUUAGCAUUAGCCUAGCUAGCUAACAUCUCCAACCAUGAGGUCACUAAGCUACUCUCUUGUUAAUGAAGAGAAGGACUGCUGGACGGAGAAAGAAGCUCUCGUCAAAGAGGAGAAUGAAGAGAAGGAUAUCACAGUAAAACAAGAAGUAGAGGGUGAGGCUGUUACAGUGAAAGAAGAAGAUAAAGACGUUUCAGUGAAAGAAGAGGAAGACGCGUUCAGAUUGAAAGAGAAGGAAGAUGUUACAGUAAAAGAAGAGGAGAAAGAGGAGGAUGCAGUUUAUGGAGUGAAAGAGGAGGAGGGGGAGAUGACUGUCUCAUUGAAAAAGGAGGUGGAAGAAGAGGAGGAAACUGGAUUUCUGGACUUGGUUUCCCAAACGCAUCUUAACAAUGGUUCUAACGAUGAACGGGCCCUGGUUAACACAAGAGAGAGACGGGACUACCGUGGGUCCUCUGGGGAGCCUCAACAACCUCAUGAUGCUGACAAGGCAGAGAAGAGUUUCUCCACAUCAGAACACCUCAAGAAACACCCGCAGAGAUCCACAGGGAAGAAAUCUCACUGCUGCUCUGACUGUGGGAAGAGAUUCACCUCCUCAUCAGGAAUUAAAAUUCAUCAGAGAACACACACAGGAGAGAAACCUUAUAGCUGUGGUCAAUGUGGGAAGAGUUUUGUUGCAUCUGGCCUUCUGAAGAUACACCAGAGAACACACACAGGAGAGAAACCGUAUAGCUGUGAUCAAUGUGGGAAGAGUUUUGUUACAUCUGGCCAUCUGAAGAUGCACCAGAGAACACACACAGGAGAGAAACCGUAUAGCUGUGAUCAAUGUGGGAAGAGUUUUGUUGCAUCUGGCCUUCUGAAGAUACACCAGAGAACACACACAGGAGAGAAACCGUAUAGCUGUGAUCAAUGUGGGAAGAGUUUUGUUACAUCUGGCCAUCUGAAGAUACACCAGAGAACACACACAGGAGAGAAACCUUAUAGCUGUGGUCAAUGUGGAAAGAGUUUUGGUCGAUCUGGCCAGCUGACAUCACACCAGAGAACACACACAGGAGAGAAACCUUAUAGCUGUGUUCAAUGUGGGAAGAGUUUUACUCGUUCAACCAGCCUGAUAUCACACCAGAGAACACACACAGGAGAGAAACCGUAUAGCUGUGAUCAAUGUGGGAAGAGUUUUGGUCAUUCUAGGACUCUGACUCUACACCAGAGAAUACACACAGGAGAGAAACCUUAUAGCUGUGAUCAAUGUGGGAAGAGUUUUGGUCGAUCUGGCCAGCUGACAUCACACCAGAUAAUACACACAGGAGAGAAAUCUUAUAGCUGUGGUCAAUGUGGAAAGAGUUUUGGUCGAUCUGGCCAGCUGACAUCACACCAGAGAACACACACAGGAGAUAAAUCUUAUACCUGUGGUCAAUGUGGGAAGAGUUUUACUUCAUCUAGCAAUCUGACUGUACACCAGAGAAUACACACAGGAGAGAAACCUCAUAGCUGUGAUCAAUGUGGGAAGAGGUACACUGAUAAAAGAUCUCUGAUUAAACAUCAGAAAAUACAUGGAGUUGUUUCAUGAUAUCAAUGAAUUAAUGUCACAAUGUAAAAUGUUUUAAUAUUGUAGUAGGAGUAUUUUAAUGAUGUCACAAUGUAGAAUGUUUUAACAUUGUAGAAGGAGUAUUUUAAUGAUGUCACAAUGUAGAACCCUAAACGUUUGUCCCCUGUUCUAUUGAUUUCAACAUGAUAUGGAUAUUAGCCUCAGGGGGAAAAUCCAGGCUCUGAAUUGGAAGAGUACUAUUUAUGUGAUUUAACAAAAAGUGACUAACACAAAAAGAGCUGUGUUACACUUACCAUGUUGAUGACCCACUUGAAUCAAAAUGCAACACUUCAAAAUGUAGCGAUCUGUUUUCUACAAAUUGUCCUCUAAUCAGGGAUGUACACAUUAUUCCCAUAUUCUGUGUGUUUUUUGAGCUUUUAGUUUUAACAGGACGCGUAACCUCAUCUCCCUUCUGUCACACAAAUAAUUUUCACAUGAUAUCGAUGAGUUAUGACAAAUAAGUGUUGUGUUCCUUUGUUUAGCGACCCCUAAAUUUAAAUGCAUCACUCCAAAAUGUAGCUGACUGUUUUCUGCAGGUUGUCCUCUAAUCAGUGAGGUGAAAGAUAUCUCCCAUUUCCAUGUGUUUUUUUAGUUGUGUUAGUUUCAACAGCACCUACAACCUGAUUUCCCCCCUAAUCGAUAUCAGUGAUUUAUUGCUACUUGUCAAAACAACAGCGUUUCUGGUGCUUGUGCAGUUUAUAAGGAGCUUGUUUUAAAAAAUAUUAUUAUUGUGGCAGAUGUUUGUGUAAAUACCACAUGUUAGGUUUUCAAUUGAUCCCAAACUGUUUCUGCAUAUUGGUUAUUGAUUUGGACAUGUUAAACUGUGUUUUGACAUUGGGGCUAUCCCACCUAGCAACUAUGCAACCAAAUAUUUAAUAUUUACAUUUCAUGUAACAUUUGGUAAUGGUAAUUAUUUAUGCAACCAACUAACAAUUAUAUUGACAUUGUGCUUUUAGAAUAUCAAGGUUAAUUCUCACAUGUGCCAAACCAAAUGUACGAGAGCAUGACAUUGGGGACUGGGCCCAGAUCCAACAACAUGCCUAUCUAGUGAACAAUGAAAAGAGAGAGAAGCUCUGCAGUGAGGUGGAAAGUUACUACAGAUAUUGCAGGAGUUUCCUCUUGAAAUCAGACAUGUCUGUGGUGAGAACAACCUGGUUGCUGAUUGUCUCAAGGGUGGGCAGUCAAAAUGUUUUGCGUUUAGCCAGUGCGUUGCCAUGGAUCACAAUUUAUUUUGACUGUUUUUCCGUAUUUGAGAUGAGAUGAGUUUUGUUUGGGCUCGUUCCAAGGGGACAAGAGUUCUAGAAGUUUGUGAGUUUUAGGUUUCUCUGUGGGAAAAAUAAAUAUUGUUUUUAGUUGUUGUUAGACAGACACCAUGUUUAUAUUGGUGAUGGUGAAGCAUUGUAGUUGAUUAUAAUGUGACAUGGAAGUUGUUUUCUGUUGGUGGUGAGCAUUCUCUUAAGCUUUUGGUUUUUCCAUUUAUGUUUUGAGGUUGGACUUUAGCACGUAUAGCUCGUUAGCACGUAGGACGCACUGAUUGGUGUCACCUCGUUAGUCAGUAUGUGUUACACCUGUGCUGGCUUGUCCAUCUCGUUAGUGACAAGGUGUUUCACCUGAGCUGGUCCAGGUUCUAUUUAAGAGUGUCUGGCCCAGUGCUGCAGUUGUCUUGAUAGAUGUGGAGAGUCAACACCUUUAGUUGCUCCACCUUUUUGGUUUGCUUCCUGUCUUUAAGUUUGGUGUGGAUUUUUUUCUUUUGUUUGCUUCUUCUUGGGCAGAUUUAGUGGGUCUCAUGGUUGGUGUCUUUUAGGUCCCAGUUGAUUUUACUUGUCAAUUUUCAGAGGACACCCCCAUAGUGUCUUUCAGAACCCCUCCUAAAAAAACAAGCUUAUAUUUUGGGUUGGAUAUUGCAUCCAAUUAAUAUUUUAAUCAAUGGCAUUUCCUUAGAAUGUUCAUUAGUCUUUCAGUUGUUAGUCUUAUGUUGUGUACUAAAUAUUUCUGUAUAUUUUCAUUGUUUUUUCCUGUGAAGCUGUUGUGUUGCAUCCAUGUCUGAA